GCAUGUGAUAAGCGGAUAACAGCAUAAAGGAUAGUUAUAUUUAUUGUACAUUACAGGAAAAUAUAUAAUCAGAUAUAACAAUAUUGGGAGGCGUUCAAGUAUUGGUAACUGUGAAAUCCAUUCAUACAAUCGAAGACGGAACUAAGCAGAAACAUUUUGGACCGCGAUUACGACAACACAAAUACGACGAUGGCGACAAUAAAAGAGACUGAUGUACAUCUUCAAAAGUGUCGGCAUCAUGGCAAUGAAAAUCAAAUAUUUUAUUGUUCCAAUCAUGACGACACAAUUUGUGGAAGGUGCUUACAUGCAAAGCACAGACAAUGCGAAAGCGUUGAUCUAUUUACUGUGAACGUUGAUGAGUCACGAAAAAGUGAAACUAUGACCAUGCUCACUGCCUUUGAAAAGGAAAUAGAAGGUUAUGCAAUCACGGUGAAGAAAGAUAUUGAGUUAAACGAUCAGUGUAAAUCAAAGGCCAUGCAUGAUGUCGAAUCGUUUUGCACUAAAAUGAUGACAAGACUAUCUGAUCUCAAAAAGGAUGCUGAGAGAGAAUGUACGAAAAAACAUGAACAAAAUAGCGACCAUUUGGGACAACUUGUUAAGAAAUGUAACGAAGAAAAAUUAAUGGUAGGCCAAUAUAAACAACUAGUAGAAGUUUUAGUUCAGAAGAAAUACAACCGACAUCUUUAUAUUGAGGUUUGUCGCAUUGAUCGGAAGAAAAAUGAAAUAUCAGCAAGGAUAAACAGUUUAAUAACGAAAAGAAAACGUGUUGAGUUUUCAUUUAGGCCUAAUUACAAGUUAGCCAAAUUAAUGUGCAGUCAAAUGAAUGACAUCGGAAAGAUUGAGGAACAAGUAAACGGAAGCGAUGAGGUAUCCGAAGACAUUGUUCAGAAUAACACUUCCGAAGCAAACACGCAACAAAUGUAUGCCAGAGAUGGGCUAGGGCAUGAGACAGGUGGACCGUCCAGGCCUUACAACACCAACAUGCAUGAAGCUUAUGAUGAGCAGAAUAUGAGCUCUGACUUCAAUCGAAAACAUAAGGAGGAGAGUCCGGACGUUAGGCCAUAUGCUAAAAAUCAUCAAAGCUUCCAAGAGUAUGGUACUCAAAAUUUCGCACCUCACGGUAACGACGGGAAUUACAACGGGACCAAGGAUGGUUUACAAAAAGAGGAACCAGGAAAAACGCAAUGUGACGACAAGGAAGAUCAGAGAGUUAAGAACGUACAGACCUUGGAGAAAGUGCAAAAGUUAAAUACACAUACAGUCGGUGGACCGUCCAGGACUUACAACACCAACAUGAAAGAAGCUUAUGAUGAGCAGAAUAUGAGCUCUGACUUCAAUCGAAAGUAUAAGGAGGAGAGUCCGGACGUUAGGCAUUAUGCUAAAAAUCAUCAAAGCUUCCAAGACGAUGGUACUCAAAAUUCCGCACCUCACGGAAACGACGGGAAUUACAACGGGACCAAGGGGAGUUUAAAAAAAGAGGAACCAGGAAAAACGCAAUGUGACGACAAGAAAGAUCAGAGAGUUAAGAACGUACAUACUUGGGAGAAAGGGGAAAAGUUAAAUCCACAUACAGUCGGUGGACCACCCAUUACUAACAUCAACAACAAUAGUAAAGCUUAUGAAGAACCGAUUAUGAGCUCUGACUUCAAUCGAGAUAAUAAUGAGAAAUUGCCUUACAAUUCGUAUUUAUCAAGAGAGUCGUACGGUCACACAAAAGUUGAUGCUAGUCAAAACGUUAAAGAAUACGCACACGGAAACGACGCGCAUAAUCAGAGGCAUGGACGAAAAAAGGAAACAAGUAAAAAAGCGCAGUCUGAAGAAAGGGGGGCCCAACAUGGUCAGAGAGUUAAGGACGUACAGAACUAGGAGCAAGGGCCAAGCUCAAGUCCAAUUAUUAGAGUUGCAAAAAGAAUGUCCUCAACAUGUCAACAAUUUAUACAUAUUCUGGAGAAAGAUAUUUCUGAAUUAACAUGUAGCGAUAUAACAUAAUUAUAAAUCAGGAACACAAAUUGCAUGGACAAGUCAGUAUUUUUAGGGAUUUGAUUGGAAGACCUAAGGGUGUAAAAUGCAAUAGCUCAUUCAAGCUUUUUUACGAUACGGUGUUUUUAUAAACUAUGUUUGUAAAUCGCAUAAUAUGAACAAUUGUCGAUAAACAGCUUUACAAACGCUUUUAUAUUUUACCGACUUUCAUUAAUUGACGAGUAUCCGUAUACCGAAUAAUGUGUACUUGUUUACUUAGUCCAAAGUGUGUAUUUUGUGUUGGUUAUAAUGCAUGCAUUCAUUUGUAUGUCUAUGGAUUUUUGUUUUAAUUAGCAUGGUCCAAUCUGUGGACUUCACAGUUUGUGUCGACAGAAAGGUCAGUUACAUUUCAACGAGUGAUUGUACUAAAUACUUCACACGAGCUGUUGGUAUGCAAUGCAUUUGACAAGCUACAUUUAAUUGUUGUUUGGUGGAUACAAAAACAGAUACGAGUUUCAUUACACUGAGUUUAAGUUUUGAUGAUGCCAUAACACCGUAUGAGAGACUAUGAUAAAUAUGUGUUAUGUAAAUCAACUAGGCGCGCAUUUUAGUAAGUACAACAUUAAAGUUACAACGACCUGUGCAGGUCCAGUUAACCAUCCACUGUCUUUGUAUUGAAUAAUACUAAAGAAGAUCUUAACAAUUCAAAAGCUAUGAGCAGGGUUCGCCAAAACCGUCGGUCCGCCGGUCAUUACGGGCAAAUUUUUCUCAGGACCGACAAGUGAUUUAAGAUAAUCGGUCCGACUGACCGACACAAUCGGAUGAAAAAUGGUUUCAAAAAGAUCACUCAAAGUGUAUAAUGUGCUAUUGGAUUAAUAGAAGGUAAAUGCGUUUUGUUCAACUUCUGUCAAAAUUCUUUUUUUGUAACCAUCAUUUUGAUGUUUUGAUGUUUAAAGUUAGAUUAGAAUUGACUAUCACAUGCGAGUUCAAAAUCAACGGUCUUUGUUUAAAAUGCAACCGUGUACGUCCGCCAUUUUGUUUGUUCCAUUUAAUUUCUCCACAACAAAAACCGCAUGAAAACUUGUUUCAACAGGCAUUUGUGAGCAUUUAUGUUAAAUAGUUUCAUUAUUAUAUUGUUAUGGGAAGAAUAUAUUUUAAUUUACAUACCAACAAUUUCUGAAAUCAAACGAAGUUUUUCCACCCAAUGUACUAUAUUUCAGAUAAUUUAAAAUUCGGACAUUUGUUAAUUUGUUGUUGAUAGAUUGUAGCAUUAUGUUUUGUGUUAUUUCAGACAACAAGAAUGGAUGGUGGUAAAUAUCAUGGGUCUUUCUAUCAAGUAAUAGGUGUGAAAAACAUUAAUUAAAUUUAACCUGGAAAUCAACCACCUCAGCUAACAGACAAUAUUUUAACAAAAACAACACGUUUUAGAACUUGGGAAAUUGGCUUAUAAACAGAAAUUGAAGUCAUCCAAAUUAGUGUGAAUGGGUGUGUGCAAUUAAGUCAAACUUGAUUGGAUGUCACCCUAACUUUUCAAGAACACGGAUUUGUAUAGCUGUGGAGGCUAAAAACAGUUUGACAUGCCUUUGGUUUAUAAGUGGUUUAUUAUUAAUAUAAUAAUUGUUUCAUUUUAUCGACUUUGGACAUGUUUUUAUUGUAUUUUAAUUUGAUCAAAACCAAUUAACACCUAAAAGGUACUCUCUUUUGUUGUGUUUUGCUGUUAUAGUUUAGUCGGACAGUGGGACUGACAGAAACUGAUUCGGACUGACAAAAAUUUAAAGUUAAGUGACUGACAGACAAGUUUUGGCGAACCCUGUAAGAUAGUCACUCAAACUAUAUGCAUAUUGCAUAUGACUAUAAGAACAUGAUGACUCAAUGAGCUUAUUUUAAAUAAUAUAUUUUCGAAUCCCCUUUAACACAUGGGGUUUUGCGCAGAUUCUUCCAUACUUUGUUGAAAGCGGGGAAUAAAUUAUAUGCUUGAGGAAUUUGUCCGCACGUAAUCUAUGUAUGCCGUUAUUUAUAAUAACUAUGUUGUAUAAAAACUAUUAUCUGUAUUUUUAACAAAUGCUGCACUAUUUAAAUAGCGCUGUUGAACAAUUUGAUAUGUAUUGGAUUUCUUCAGAACAAGCCUAAUAGUCUA